AUGGGCUCACGAGAAUCUACAACAGUCUCGCCCGCACAAGUCGCGCGGAAAGCCUAUCUCUUCAUAGGCACAAAUCUCUCGGAAGCCUACGGAGUAAACACGAAUCGCACAAAUCUCGCAGGACCACACUGCACAAGUAGCUCGCGGAUCCCUCAUCCUCAGUUUCCCAACUCUGAAGGCAAUUCGAUGAUCGUCAGACUGCUGUGGCUCGGUACCGUGGAAGACGACUCGAAUGUCGUUGGGCUACCCUCCUCGGCCACGAUAGUCUCGACCUCACGAGGUAGGGCCGUGGGCUCAAUAACUGGCCGAAGGUGUGUCUUUUAUGUGGUUGCGAAGCCUGCGAUUUCCUACCUAAAGCGGUUUCUUGUUCCCUUUUUCGAAUUUGCUGCAACAGGUCAUCUCUUCGAAUAUGUCGACCUUCGUCAUUGGACUGCGGAGGUCGACCUGUAUACCUCGAAUUUCAAGCCCGCUGCAUGUCGUGUUCCUAUAUCCUUCUGCUGGCCGAAACACUUGAGUUUGCAAAGCCCUUCGACAAUGUUGGCUGGCUACGAGACGAGCGCUCGCGAGUAUGUAUUCAGAAGCUUGUUCAAGAAAGCUAGUGACAGCUUUGACGCCGAGAAUUACGACGAGAGCGAGCGCUUGUGUCGUUUACUUCUGACCUAUACUGACCUCAGCACUUUCCACAAGGCAGGAUGUCAUCGUAUGCUCUCACUGGGUGACCAAGAUUUUCUCUGGCAUGCUGAACAGGCCCUCGAAUUGUACCAGCAUCUCUUCUAUCCGAAUGGUGAAUCCACUGGAGACUAUCUUCUCAGCGACUCCCAACUCGAGGCACGUAACAACAUUCUCGAGGAUGCUCGUCGGAACCUCUCCCAGGCUGAACAGGAUCAUGUCGAAAUACAAUGCGAUUUUGCAGAGCGAGUCGAGCGAUUCAGAGCCAUAUAUGGAUACGAACCUACGGCGAAAGAUGUUAGCAGAGCUUGCUUAAAUCGACAUAGCAAGAAGUAUCUCCUGGCUGUCGAUGGUUCUGCACAGGACUACGAAUCCUUCAUUGAACAUACUUUUGGGAUAACGCAAAAGGACGAGAACAGGAAAGACGGUGAUGCAGGGACUGCACGCAAAAUAUAG